AUGGCCACGCCGCCAAAGAACCUCAGUACGCUCGAACGUGUCACGAGCGUUACGAGUCGGGCGUUUUCUCGUUCUCUCCCGGAUUUCUCGCCCAUCGCACAGGCGUCUCUAGCUCGGGACAUCGAAGAAGAUCCAGAAGAUGCCGUGGAGUCAGAAUCCGAGCCCGACUCCGAGACCUCAACCUUGCGGCCUUCUACGUCGGCGCCUGGAAGAGGACAGUCUUUUGCUGGAUUAUAUCGUCGACCGAGCUUUGUCGGUGCAGGAAACAGAGCCACUGUACUCCCACACCUUCUAUCAACAGAGCAUGAGCGGCUCUCGAAGCAAGAGAGGAGGCAGGCACUGGAGGAGGAAAGGAGUCUGUUGCGAGACAAUAAUAUCAUCCCUCCGAAACAUCCACAAGCUGCCAGCGACGAUGGUAGCCGAAGAAAAAGCAUAUUCCAUAUUCCAGGCGGGGAUCGGAAAGUAACUCGCGAUGAAGAAGCCACGCCGGCACUCGACGGGGCCUUUGGAGCUGUGUCCGAAGCAACGCCUCUACUGGGCGACCCAAACCUACCUUAUGGUGGUCAAGACGACCCCGAGACUAUCAAUCAGAAAUGGGAGGAGGCGGUGGCUGCUGGCAUGAUCCACACCACAUGGCAGCGAGAGGCCAAGGUCAUUGCCCGCUAUGCCGCGCCCUUAAUGGUCACCUUUAUCCUACAGUACUCGCUCACCGUUGCAAGCAUAUUCACAGUCGGACACAUCGGAACGGUAGAGCUAGGGGCAGUCAGCUUAGCCUCUAUGUCUGCGAACAUCACUGGCUACGCCCUUUACCAGGGUCUAGCAACCUCACUCGACACCCUUUGCGCGCAAGCCUAUGGAUCCGGCCGCAGGAAACUGGUGGGUUUGCAAAUGCAGCGCAUGAUAUACUUCUUGUGGGCCAUCACUCUCCCCAUCGCAAUUAUCUGGAUCUUCGCAGAGAAUAUCCUGAUCGCGCUCGUCCCAGAGCCAGAAGUCGCUAAACUGGCCGGCCUCUACCUGAGGGUUGUCUUAGCUGGGGCGCCCGGCUAUGCAGCGUUCGAGGCCGGGAAACGCUACGUCCAAGCCCAAGGCCUCUUCUCUGCCUCGCUCUAUGUUCUGCUCUUCUGCGCCCCUUUCAACGCGUUCAUGAACUGGCUCUUUGUGUGGAGAUUCCAGUGGGGCUUUGUCGGGGCACCCAUCGCCGUCGCCAUCACCGACAAUCUCCUCCCAGUCGGUCUGUUCAUCUACGUCCGCUUCUUCUCCAAAUCUGGCAUGUCGUGCUGGAACGGCUUCACCAAAAAGGCGCUCCAGAACUGGGGACCCAUGGUGAAACUCGCAUUGCCCGGAGUCGUGAUGAUCGAGGCCGAAGUCCUGGCCUUUGAGGUCCUGACGUUCGCGGCAUCCUACUUCGGCACGACGACCCUCGCCGCACAAUCCGUCCUCGCCACCCUCACGUCGUUGACAUUCCAGAUCCCCUUCCCACUGAGCAUAGCCGGCUCCACGCGCGUGGCUAACUUGAUAGGCGCCACCCUCGCCGACGCCGCCAAAGUCAGCACCAAAGUCACCUUCUCCGCCGCGGUCAUUGUCGGCAUCCUCAACGUGACCCUCCUCUCCGCGCUGAAGGACUACAUCCCCCACCUCUUCACUUCCGACGCCGAAGUUAUUAGAAUUGUGUCCGACAUCCUUCCUCUCUGCGCGGCGUUCCAGCUCUUCGACGCCCUCGCUGCAGCGUGUAAUGGCAUUCUCCGUGGUCUGGGGAGGCAAGAGUUCGGCGGCUACGUCCAGCUGUUCUGUUACUACCUGUUUGCCAUGCCGAUUAGUUUUGGCACGGCCUUUGGCGCGGGUUGGGGUCUCUGGGGAUUGUGGACCGGAGUCGCGCUCGCGCUCGGGUUGGUCGCCGCCGUGGAGUUUGUGUAUCUCGCCAGGACGGAUUGGCAACGUAGCGUCGAAGAGGCCACGGCUCGGAACAUGGAGGGUGGGUUAUAA